UGCGGCGGCUGCCAGCCGUUCAGUGUUCCCGCGUGUCUGAGCUGGGAACAUUUGGUCCCAGGGCUGGCGUUCAAUAAUGGCUCGGCCUCCGGAAACAGCCUCAGUGUACUGUUCACCUUGACAGUUGAGCCGCAACCGGGACAUGCAGCCAUUUAAAUACGCUUUCCCGCACUUGCGCACGUAAAGUAUGAAAGCUAAUCCUUCUGAUGUCCCACGCACCCCGAAUGUUUUUCUGGGAUGGCCGUCGGGACUGCUCCCGGUUGCUGUGCUGUCCCUGGCGCCGCCCAGUCUAGCAGCUGCGGGCUGUCUUAGCAAAUAAAGCUGGCGUUAGAACUGCGGAAGUCAUGGAGGUGGCUACCCAUCUAGUGUUUCCUGAGGGUGCACCCAGCAGUACAUAGUAGAGCAGCGUUAACGUGGUUUUCGUCUGCACACCCUACGAUACAGGCCGCUUAUGAAGCAUUCCGGGAUUCAGACCCAGCCUAAAAGCAAGAGUGUCACCCUGGAGAUAAGUAUUGUGAUAAUGUGUGGGCCAAGUGCCCACUCUUGGUAAGAGCCCCUUAGUCAUUGCUCAAGAGGAGUGACACUUAAGUCAUGGACCCUGAAAUUUCUGAACAAGAUGAGGAAAAAGAGAAAUAUACUUCCGUCUGUGUUGGCAGAGAAGAGGACAUUAGAAAAUCAGAAAGAAUGACAGCUGUUGUCCAUGACAGAGAAGUAGUCAUUUUCUACCACAAAGGGGAAUAUCAUGCUAUGGACAUUCGUUGCUACCAUUCUGGAGGGCCCUUACACUUGGGAGAAAUUGAGGAUUUCAAUGGGCAGUCAUGUAUAGUUUGCCCCUGGCAUAAAUACAAAAUCACUUUGGCAACAGGAGAAGGAUUAUACCAGUCUAUAAAUCCUAAAGACCCAUCAGCAAAACCCAAGUGGUGCUCCAAAGGAGUAAAGCAAAGGAUUCAUAAUGUGAUGGUGGAUAAUGGCAAUAUUUAUGUGACGCUUUCUAAGGAACCUUUUAAAUGUGACUCUGAUUAUUAUGCCACUGGAAAAUUCAAAGUGAUUCAGAGUUCUUCCUGAUAAAAAAUGUAUAGCAGCAAAAAAAAAAAAAGUGUGUAUGUUUGAAAAUAUUUUAAAGUCAUUUGUUUUAGUACCAAAGAUGGAUUUUUUUUUUCCAACAUAGGUAUAUGUGUCUCGUCAGGGGCUGGAGAGGUGAGCCAUUGGCUAAGAGCUCUCGCUGUUGUUUCAGAGCACCCGAAUCCAGUUCCCAGCACUCAUCAAGUGGCUCAGAGUUCCCUGUGAUCUGUGUGUGACCCUGCUCCAAGGGAACUGGUGUCGUCGUCUGACCUCUGUGGGCACUGCACACACAAGUCAUUUACACAUAAAUAAAAAGAAAAGAUGUUUUAAUGUCUUCAAUUUCAGAAGCUUAAAAGCACAUUACUUUAGUAUGAUUUCAGCCCCCCCACACACACACACACUUAGGUCAACAGACUACAUUCCAUCUUUCUCAGGACUGAUUGGAAUCUGUACCUUAUAGGCUUGAGAUGAUCAGUUUAAGAAGCAUAAAGAUAACUUAGAGUAAACACAGUUGAUAACAGAUAAAGCAGAAAACUUAACAGGAAAAAUAUAAAUGGGGCAAAGACAUGUUUUCCCAAUCACAGCAUGUUUUAUUUUGGAAAGUUUUCAUAAUUCAAACUCACUCAGUUCCCAACAGUCCUCUGUUCUUCUUGCAUUGUUGUGUUCACAAGAUUGCUGAGUUUCUGUAUUUAAUUAUGGUUUUUACAAUUUUAAAGGUAAAAUUUAAACACACUGAGAUCCUUGAAUUUUAAUUUUAUAUUAUACUUUUGCUUAAAAAUGUUUAGCAUGUGUUUUGCAUGUUAAAACUCACCAAAAAUUGAGGCCAAUGUAUAUGUUGAACUUAAAAAUAAAGUUAAAGCUAGUUGUGGUGUUACACACCUCUAAUUCCAGCAUUCUAGGGCAGAGGUAGAAGGAUCUCUAUGAGUUAGAGGCUAACUAGAUCUACACAGUGAGCACUACAGCCAGCACUACAUAGUGAGAGCCUAUCAAGAAGGGGGCUGGGGAGUGCUAUAUGUGAAGAUCCAGUGAAACUUAGGUUGAUCUGUCUUUUAUAAGGGCUGAUUCUUGACGUAAAAAGGCCACACACAGUGACACCCUAGCCAAGACAUUUAUGAAGUCUCCGAGUCAACAAACCAAAGAACUUUACAUACAUGAAACUUUCAAAUCAAAGUUGAAAAGAAUUUUAGAGAACAUUGUGUAUGUGUGUACAGUUUUCUGCUUGUAAACUCUGAGGAACACAAUACUACGUCUCUGCUGUCUACACAUAUAUGGGAAACUGUUGAUGAUUAUGGAUUGAUGUUCUCUUGGUAUACCCUGUUUUAGUACAUCAGUUAGUUGUGGCUAGUGCUGUUCUGGCUGCCUGGGACCCAUAUCAUACUUGUUAUUCAGGAUUUAGAGCAAACCCCUGGGUGUCUGUCAUGCAGAAUUUAGCACUCUAAAAUGUAGGCGUAAAUGGGGCCAGAAAGAAUGUGUAGGUUAUGAAUUCAGCAUGAAGACUGUUAAAAAUACAACCAAAUCUCAAAGCAUAGGAAUUUUCAUAAUGUGGGGUGAAGUAAGUACUUAACAUUUCAAAGGGCUGUUGAUUCAUUGUUAUAAAGAUCAGUGAGAGCCUGGAGAGGUGGCUCAGAGCAGUGCACUGCUCCUUUUGAGAGGACUGUGCUCUGAUUCCCAGCACCCACAUUAGUGCCUCACAUGUGCUUAUACCUUUUGCAGUAUAGUAGUACACUUCCUUUUCUCUGGGGAUAUGGGUUACAUGACAGAAGAUAUUUGUUACUUAUUUCUAAAAAUGCUAAUAAGCUAGGUUUGGGCUUUUUCAACAGUGUUUACACCAGCAGUUAGUUACUCAUGGGAUUCAGAAAAUGUGUUGUCUCAGGGGAGUUCAUGCCACAAAAUUAUUUCUUGAAUGGCCACAAAAUCUUAUCAUGGAUUAGAAUGUAAAGUGCCUCGAAGAAACUAACGUCAUUCCUUUAGGCUAUAUUCCUCUAGAUCCAUGUUCUAGAGAUCUGAUACUGUCUUCUGGCCUGUACAAGCACACAUACAUAUAAAAAGUAAAAUGAAAAAUACUGGUAGCCAUACAUAUAUUGUACAUCAAGAUUCAUUUUAUUUUCUGUGCCAUAUAAAUACAAGAGGAUGAUAAAACUAGGAUCUUGGUUUAUAGAGCCAAGUAUAGCAGCAUUUCUGUCAGGAGCCAGUGGCAGUGAUGACUAAUAUAGACUGGGUUUCCUCUUCUUAAUCUGUGUCUUUAAAUUUGAAAAUAAAAGUGAUCACUUUGCCAGGUUCAAUGGCAUUAGGCCUGUAGUCCUGGCUUCUUAGGGGGCUGAGGAAGAAGGAUCAUUUGACCCAGGAAUUCAGAGUUAGAAUGAGGAUAUAGCCAAACUCUAUUAUUAAAGAACAGCUCCCACCUUAUAACAUCCCGUCCUAACAUACAGAAAUAAUCUCAUCAGAUUUGCAAGUAACAUUUUGUUUUUACAGAUUUACGGUAUCUAUAAAUGUCAAGUCUUCAUAACUUCACAAGUCAGUUAUAAAGUCAUCAGCAGGGAGACUCUGCUCUACAGCCUGCAAGUAGAAAUAUAUUCUUACAAUCUCGGAAAAAGAUGUGUACCAUUUUUUAAAGUUUUUGUCUACCUGUAUGUAUGUGCACCACACUUACCUGGUGUGGGCAGAAGUCAGAAGAGAGUGUUAGAUCCCCAGUGGUGACUGCAGUUAAAAAGUUGUGAGCUACCAUGAGGAUGCUAAGAACCAAAUCUUGGUUCUCUGUAAGAGUAGCAAGUGCUCUUAAUUGUUGGGUCAUCUUUCCAGCACCAAAUGGAAAUCUGGAAAUUUUCUUUCCAGAUGAACAUUAAAAACAUUUCUUAAAUAAAAAUAUAAAUGAAUUAUGAGCACAUCCAUAUUAUAAAUACAAUGUAAGUUCUAACACAACAAAUUUUGAAUCUUAUUAAAAUUAAUGAGUGGUCAGAGCUGGGAAGAUAACUCAGUAGUCAAGAGAUGUUCUGCUCUUCUAGAGGACUUGGUUCAGUUGCCAGCAUCCAUGCUCUAGAGAUCUGAUACUGUCUUCUGGCCUGUACAAGCACAUAUACAUAUAAAAAGUAAAAUGAAAAAUACUGGUAGCCAUACAUAUAUUGUAUAUCAAGAUUCAUUUUAUUUUCUGUGCCAUAUAAAUACAAGAGGAUGAUGUCAUAGUUUUUCCUACUCAGUCCCUUCCUAAAAGAGCAUUCAGCUUAAGUAAACUGGUCUUCUGGUAUGUCUGAUGAAAUUACCUGUGGAUAGAUAAUGAUUGAGCUCUCUAAAGUGGUAUUUGUGUCUGUAUUUCUCAUUCAUUCAAUUCAGCUGAUUGGUCAAACACGGAAUGUAAAACCUGGAUUUUGUUACUCUGCUUGUUGGCAGGAGGCUUGGGUUGAUCUAAAAGGUUUUCUGGCUUCUCUGGCAAUGACCUGUAAGGUUUUGCUUUGAUUUCACCUUCAGAAAACAUGGGCUGUGGGAGCACAGGCUCAGAGAAGGCCUUCCGAAAAUUCUCACUCUCUCUAUUUUGCCUUAUGGAUUCUUCUUCUUGGAAAAUCUUCUUUAUCUUUGCCAGCACAGCAUUAACACAGACUGCCUGUACCAAAAUCCAAAACAAAAUAAAAUGUUGAAAAAUAAUUUCCUUUUACAGUAUUAACAACCACAGACGAAAAGCAAUGUGACUAACAUAGUCAAUCUACAUGUUCUAAUAUAGAAAGCCCUUCCUUUAAGGAAACCCUGACUCAUGGCAAGUGAUAGAUUGAUUCCUUAUCCUAAAUAUGGAAAGGUGUUUAAAUGAAACAUGCAUAAAAAAAAAACUUCAGAGGUGAGAAACACAACAAGUUUAAUCUUUCAACUUACUCUCCAUCACUAAAGACGCCAACGACAGAGACAAGGAGUGAAGGACAGCAUUACUCCACAAAACUAAACGGAACUACAGUAGUUUGCCUUGCAGAAGAACUGCCUCAAGAUGACAUGAGGGCAGUAAACACUCAGGGCUUCCUUUCUCUCCUUCAGAUUUCAAAGCACUUUACUUUUCUUAUGGAACUUUUAUUGUAACAGCAUGUUGCUUAUGUGGUCUUAUGUAGCGGUAUCACAGUGAUAUUCCAUGCACAUGCUGCAUUGCAUCUUCAUCUUGCCUCUUUCCAUCCUCACACCAGUCCUUUGCCCUUCCCUAGUAGUCCCUCUGCUAGCCUAUGUCUUUUAAAAAAUCAUUCAUGUUUUCACACAAUGAAAUAAAACAUACUAUACUUUUCUUUGUGUCUUUUGUAUUCUCCUAAAUGAUCUCAAGUUCCAUUCUUUUAAUUUAUCCCCAAAUGUUAUAAUUUCAUUUCAUAGAUUUCCUUUGCAUUGAUAUAGAUGAUCAUGACAUUUUUGUCUUAAUUCUAUUUAAUACUGUAUUAAAUGUAUUGGUUUACAAAUGUAGAUCCAUUCUAGCAUCCCUGAGAUGAAAUUGACAAUUAUGAUGAUGUUUUUAAUAUAUAUUUCAAUUUGUAAGUAUCUUAUUAAGGAUUUAUUCACCUAAUUAAUUCCAAGAUAAUCAAAUAUUAUCAAAGAUUAUAUUGGCCUAUAGUUUUUGCUCCCCUCCCUUUUCUUCCUUUCUCAUUUUUUAGAUGUGUAAACCAUGUAUUAAUGGUUUAAAAUAAGUUUUGAAAAAUAGUGUUUUGUGUGUUGAUUAAAAGAAUGUGUUUUGCUACUGUUGUAUAGAAUAUUCUGUAGACAUUUAUUAAAUCAUUGACCCUUAGUA